UGUCCAACAUGUCGGCAACAGCCUUCCGCUCUCUUACUCGUCAGACUCCACGCCUGGCCUUCGGCCGUUCUCUCCGCUUCGCCUCUACCAGCAAGCAGCAGACGUUGAAAGAGCGCCUCACCGAGCUCAUCCCUGUCGAGCUCGAACACGUCAAAGCUGCCCGCGUUGAGCACGGCAAAAAAGCAUUCGGUCCCGUCCUCGUUGACCAGCUUUACGGCGGUAUGCGCGGCCUUCCUGCCCUCAUCUGGGAAGGCUCCGUCCUCGACCCUGAGGAGGGUAUCCGCUUUCGUGGCAAGAGCAUUCCUGAAUGUCAGGAGUUACUCCCUAAGGCCCCGGGAGGCAACGAGCCCCUCCCCGAAGCUCUCUUCUGGCUCCUCGUCACCGGAGAGAUACCCACUCAGGAGCAGGUCACUGCCCUCUCCAAGGACUGGGCCGCUCGUGCUACCAUCCCCGAGUUUGUGGAGGAGCUCCUUGACCGCUGCCCUCCAACGCUGCACCCUAUGAGCCAAUUCUCGCUCGCUGUUACUGCGCUCAAUCACGACUCCAGCUUCGCGAAGGCUUACCAACAGGGCAUCUCCAAGAAGGACUAUUGGGGUCCUGUAUUCGAAGACUGUAUGGAUCUGAUUGCCAAGUUGCCCAACAUCGCUGGUCGUAUCUUCCAUAACGUCUACGGCCAGGGAAAGCUCCCAGCUAUCGAUGCCAAUAAAGACUAUUCUUGGAAUCUGGCCACUUUGCUUGGCUUUAGUGAAAACCCUGCCUUUGUCGAGCUUAUGCGUCUUUACAUCACUAUUCAUAGCGACCACGAGGGUGGCAAUGUCUCUGCUCACACCGGCAAGCUUGUCGGUUCCGCUUUGUCCGACCCUUUCCUGGCCUUCGCUGCCUCUCUGAAUGGUCUUGCUGGUCCCCUUCAUGGUCUUGCUAACCAGGAGGUCUUGAUCUGGCUCCGCCGCAUGCAGUCCAAGAUUGGCGAGAAUGCCAGCGAUGAGGCUGUUAGGGAGUAUGUCUGGUCCACACUGAAGGGCGGUCAGGUGGUUCCAGGCUAUGGUCACGCUGUACUCCGUAAGACUGACCCUCGCUACACUGCUCAACGCGAGUUUGCCCUCAAGCAUCUACCUCACGAUCCACUGUUCAAGCUUGUAGGCCAGAUCUACAACAUUGUACCAGAUAUUCUACUUGAGGCUGGCAAGGCCAAGAACCCCUGGCCUAACGUUGACGCUCAUUCUGGUGUCCUCCUUACCCACUACGGUCUCAACCAGAUGAACUUCUACACCGUCCUCUUUGGUGUAUCUCGUGCUUUCGGUGUCGCCGCUCAGCUGAUAUGGGAUCGUGCCCUUGGUGCGCCCCUUGAGCGUCCUAAGUCAUACUCUACUGGCGCCAUUGAAAAGAUGUUCAAGGACAAGAACUGAAGGAUUCUUGAAUAUCCUUGUGUGCUUCAUGCAUGCAUUUAUUUUGCUCUAAGCAUACAGCCUCGACCAUUUUGUUAUUGUAAUACACUGCUUAUAUGCAAAGAACGAGUAGAUUC